AUGCACGGUAACGCUAAACCAGAUAACGUUAAUACAGGGGUUGGGAAAAACUACGGGGAGUACUCGGCCCUUGAGACGUGCAUCCGGUCUGGGUUUCCGCAACUCUUCCACCUGGUUGGAAUACGCGGAAGGGCAAUGGAUACACUUCAGUCCCUCUUCGACCUGUAUAGCGACUGCACACCGAGCCAAUUGCUCACUGCGCUGCUUGGAGCUCUUCUUGCCGUUUGGACGCUCAAGCAGGUCGUGUUCAGAAGCGAAGCCGGCCCCGUUGAGUAUCAAGUGCCAAUCCCCACUGAGCUAACGGAUAAAUGGGACCCAAAGACGUGGGAUGAUGUUAGUGAAAAGGAUAGAGAUAUUUUGGAGUGUCAGGCAAACGGGAAAUGGAACAAUGAGAAAAUCCUUAGUUAUUGCCCAGCUGAUGGUCGUAUACUCGGAGAUGUAAACCAUGGAAUUAAACCAGCAACGAAACAGGAUAUCGAUAUCGCCGUCAAACGAGCGGAAGCUGCCCAGUUGGGAUGGCAGCAUACAACCUUUGCUGAGAGGAGGAGAGUAUUAAAAACACUGUUGAAAUAUCUUCUUGAACAUCAGGAUGAAAUCGUUUCCGCAUCUUGUCUGGACUCCGGAAAAACAAAAGUUGAUGCCGCAUUUGGCGAGGUCUUGGUUACCGUCGAGAAGCUGAAGUGGACUAUUGACCAUGGAGAAAAAUCCCUCGCGACUGACCGUCGCCCGACAAAUCUACUUAUGAUAUACAAGAAGAACACUGUCCGUUAUGAGCCUCUUGGAGUCAUCCUCGCCUGCAUAUCAUGGAACUACCCAUUUCACAACUUGAUCUCUCCGGUUAUUAGUUCCAUAUUUGCUGGAAAUUCUAUCAUCAUUAAACCCUCCGAACAUACAGCCUGGAGUUCCCUCUACUUUUGCGAUGUCAUACGAGGAGCGUUGGCAAGUUGUGGACAUCCGGAAGAUCUAGUUCAGACCGUCGUUUGUCUUCCCAAGGAAGCAGAUAGUUUGACAUCUCAUCGUGGCGUGAACCAUAUCAUUUUCAUUGGCUCCCGACAGGUUGCGCACCAUGUCUGCAACUCAGCUGCCAAGUCACUCACUCCUGUUACGGUGGAGCUCGGUGGAAAAGAUCCGGCUGUCAUUCUCGACGAUCCAGCCACCGUCAAGGACAUUGCUAGUAUUACCUCUAUCCUCAUGCGGGGCGUCUUUCAAUCCGCUGGCCAAAAUUGUGUUGGAAUUGAGCGCGUCAUCGCACUCCCAGGAACCCACGACAAAAUCUUGGAAGCGAUAACCCCUAGAAUAAAAGCACUCCGUCUCGGAUCCGUGCUCUUUGAAUUGAGGGAAUGUUCAAAGAACCCUGGGCGAGGACUCUCAACUCCUGACAUGGGAGCCAUGGUUUCUCAGGGAACAUUCGACAAGUUGGAAACAUUGAUCGCCGAGGCGGUCGAACAAGGAGCGCGUCUCAUCCACGGCGGCAAACGCUAUAAACACCCAAAACACCCUCUUGGGCAUUAUUUCACACCUACGCUUCUAGCCAACGUGGACACUACCAUGCGGAUCGCAAGCACCGAGCUUUUUGCACCUGUUUUCCUCCUCAUGCCGGCAAAAGACGUUCCCGAUGCCAUCAGAAUCGCAAAUUCCACAGAGUUCGGUCUAGGAGCGAGCGUUUUUGGGCACAAUCGAAAGGACGUCGAGAAAUGCGUUUCGCAAAUCAACGCCGGGAUGGUUUCCGUGAACGACUUUGCCACGUACUAUGCUGUGGGGCUGCCAUUUGGCGGAGUGAAAGGCAGUGGAUAUGGCCGAUUUGGCGGAGCAGAAGGGUUGAAAAAUUUGUGCAAUAUGAAAGCUAUUUGUGAAGAUCGGUAUCCUUCAAUUCAGACACAUAUACCACCGCCUCUCGAUUACCCGAUUCAAAAAGGGGAUGGGUUGAAAAAAGAUGGACGGGGAGCGUGGGAAAUGUGCAAGGGGAUUGUAGAGACAGGGUAUCAACCAUCCCUUGUGGGUAAGGUGAAGGGUGUGGGGAAAAUUUUGAAGAAUCUAUGA